CUUUUAUUUUACCGGAUGUUGCGUUUAACCGGAAGUGACGCCUUGGUGAAGUGUUUCGCGCGAGAUACCAAAGCAGUGUCCGGUGUUUACGGCCUUCAGUUGUAACAGAGUCAUGUUCUCGGACGUCACGGUGCCGAAGGAGACGCUGCUCCGUCCUCCGAGCUCCGACGCGCCGGUGUUCGAGCGAGAAGAGCCGUCCUACUCCGGCUGCUCGGGGUGUUUCCGUCUCGGAGAGCGCAGCUUCAGCCGUCAGUACGCUCACAUCUACGCCACGCGCCUCAUGCAGAUGCGGGAGAUCCUGGGCGACCGAGCGCGGCAGAAAUGGGGGAAGGUGGUGCCGAUCAGGAAGCUGUGUGACCUGGAGACGGGCGAGAGGUGCGUGAUCGUGGGCACGCUGUUCAAACACAUGGAGCUGCAGCCGUCCAUCCUGAAGGAGAUCAGUGAGGAGCACAACCUGCUCCCGCAGCCCCCUCGAGCCAAAUACAUCAGCCAAUCAGACGAGCUGAUUCUGGAGGACGAGCUGCAGAGGAUCAAACUGGAGGGCCAAAUCGACACGUCCAAGUUUGUUACCGGAAGUGUGAUUGCGAUUCUGGGUGCCGAGAAAAACGAUGGUAAAUUUACGGUGGAGGAUUUUUGUCUGGCUGACCUGCCGCCUCAGACGCCCCGAGAACCUUUAAACACGGACAGGUUCGUGCUCCUGGCUUCGGGUCUGGGGUUGGGCGGCAGCAGAGCAGAGAGCAUGCUGGGAUUGCAGCUGCUGGUCGACACGGUAACGGGUCACCUCGGCGACAUUGGGGAGCAGAGCGGGGCGGCGUCCAUCUCUCGUGUCCUGUUGGCUGGAAACCUGCUGAGUCGAAGCACACAGGAUAAAGACUCCAGCAUGAAGGCGAAGUAUCUGACUAAGAAGACACAGGCAGGAAGUGUGGAGGCCAUCAGACUGCUGGAUGAGCUGCUGGUUCAGCUGGUGGCCUCUGUAGCAGUGGACGUGAUGCCAGGAGAGUUUGACCCCACUAACUACACUCUGCCCCAGCAGGCCCUGCACGGCUGCAUGUUCCCUCUGUGUGGCUCGUACCGAACCCUGCAGCUCGUCACCAACCCCUACCAGGCCGUGUUGGACGGCGUACAUUUUCUGGGCACGUCGGGACAGAACGUGAGCGACAUUGUGAAGUACAGCAGCGUUGACGAUCACCUGGAGAUUCUGGAGAACACACUGCGACUCCGACACCUCGCUCCUACCGCCCCCGACACGCUGGGUUGUUACCCGUUCUACCAGAAGGACCCGUUCAUCCUUAGUGAGUGUCCUCAUGUGUAUUUCAGUGGAAACGCUCCGAGCUACCAGUCCAAACGGAUCACAGGUACUGAAGGUCAGGAGGUGCUGCUGUUGACAAUCCCAGAAUUCAGCAGUACGCAGACGGCCUGCCUGGUGAACCUGCGCACGCUUGAGUGUGAGCCGAUCAGAUUCUCCGCCUUUUCCGCCGAAGAUGAAGAGGAGAGCGAGAUGAACGUCAGCCACUGAACUUUCACAAUGCAAAUGUCAGGUGUUGUCCCCCCCCUUAGAGAAACCUGCGAAACCAGCCUCGGUGAUUGGCAAGAAAUAUUAAAUAUUAAAUAAAAUAAAGUGUAGCAAUGGAUGAGAUGAUGGUGCCUGAGCAGCAAUACACUUAAUUAAGUAAUUAAGACCAUAAAUGGGCCUCUAUAUUUACCAGCAAUUAAAUUAUGUCAGAAAAUAGGAAAACCGUUUUGGUAAACAUCUUAUCCAUCUUUCUGUGUCGAGAAUCAUCUGUGUGUUGCGAAACAAGAUCAAAACAACAAGAUGAAAAAAAUCCAUAAACAAGCCUUUAUUGGAUGAAACAAGAAGUCCAUUCGACCUCGAGGUCUCUCUGAGAGAAACGCCUCCUGUAGACAUGUGCAGUGCUGACAGAGUUGCUUACUUGUGUGAAAGAAGUGUAAAUAAAGUCACUUUUUUGUAUAAAUGUUCAGUUUUGGCUCUGUGGGAAGCGUGCGGGUCGGGGAAGUUUCUGAAGUUAGAGCCCAGUGUAAUUGAAAGAAGGGAAAAAAAAUUAAAUAUGUGGCAGGCUGCAGAGGAGCUGUUAACGAACACAUCUGUAACCUGUUAUUGCAUUCGAAAAACAAACGCUGUUCCCACUGACGAGUACAGCUUCAUGUACGCCAACAGCAACUAGCUUUAUUCUGUCAGUUAUCUAAUGCAAAAUGUUUACAGUUAAAAUGCAUUAUUUAAAACUAACAAAAACAGCGUAGACGAGUUUAUAUUGUGACGGCUGUCUCUUGGUCAGAAAGGGGCGGAGCUUAUGUAAAAUUUGCUCAGUCAGAUUUGCGCGUCAACUUGAUCAUGUGACCUCACACACUGCACAGUUCGCUAGAAAGCAGGAAUGUAGACACCUAGCAAAUGUAGCUAAUGUGGUGUUUGUUUAGAUAGUUGGUUAAAUCAGGCUUAACAAAUAAAUUGUGCAGGUUAAAGUUGUUUUUUUACGCCAAGCACUACCAAGUAAGUAAAAAGGAGACCGUCGUCAUGUCACAUGAUCAGGUUUGCAACUGGCUGAUCAAACUGUCCAUAAAGUCCAACCGUGCUGAUCCAGAGAGUCCUGUUUGCAUGUUGAAUGGUGUUAGUUAAAAUAAAGUAAGUUCUACGUAGAGCGCUCGGAUUACGAAACCCUUCCGUAAGUACUUCCUUCAGAACCCGUUAUCUGAUGGUUCAAGAACUUUCCAUGAGCGCUUGUCCGUGCUGGUUGAAUCUGCAGAAGAAGGAGGAAGUAGCACUCUGCAUUCUGUAAGACUCAUCCGUGACCCUCGGACUGUCUCAGUAAUCAUCGAUCUUGAAGUUAUAGUCGUAAUCCAACGAGUCUGUGAUCUCGAACUCUGGUUGGGUGGAGUUUUCCUCCUCCGGCAGCCAUGAGUCAUACCAUGGUGUGAAGUACUCUGUGCCCGGAGGAACACUGUUGGUUGUGGUGGGGCUGGUGGUGGUGGUGGUGGUGGUGGUGGUGGUGGGUUCUGCAGUCGUUGGUGG